AUGAGCGAGUUCAUCCGAGCAGACUCUACAAACUUGCCCCACAUGGACCUAGUCAUGAUCCUAAAUUACUAUCAUGACAGCGAUAAGCACAAUGCCGCUGAAAUUAGAGGGGCAAAGGCCCUCCUGUCAUCAAGAGAUGGAUAUGUAGAGAAUAACAUAGGAUAUGUCGAAAUUCAAAGGAACGACACAGAAUGCAUUCUUAGAGCUAAGGUUGUACCGGAGACGAAAUUAAGGAAAAAAAAUUAUAUUGUUACAGUUGAAAUAGACGAAAAAAAUAAUAAAGUCAUUGAUGCAACAUGUGAUAAUGAUGAUUGCCCUGCAUCAGCUGGUGGAUGUAAGCAUUCAUUGGCAGUGUUAUACUGGUUGCUAAUUAGAGCCAUUGAACCAUCACCUACUUCCGUGCAAUGUUAUUGGGCUAAGCCUCGAGCAUCCAGUGAAGGUACAGAACCAGUCUUUUCAAAGGACAUUUUUCCAUCAAAAAAACGAGCGAUUGAAUUAGGACCAAGAGAUCCCGAGAGAAUGAAGGUGUUUUAUGAAGAAUGCAAAAAAAGAAAAUUGGGAGAUUCUCUCAUUUUAAACAUGUUACCGGAUCAUGACACCGGUUUACUAAAAUAUUGUGUGUUCGACAUGAUUUUAGAGUUCACAACAAAAUCUGACAAUCACAGUUACGAAAAUUUUAAAACCGAAAUGUCUAUAGUUUUGACUCAAAUUGUGCAAGAUGAAAUUGAAAUAAAUACAAAAAAACAAGCAGAGUCAAAGCUAUGGCAUAGCAUUCGUCAGGGGAGAAUAACGGCUUCCAAAAUUUAUGAUGCUUGCCGCUGUCGUACUACUGAUGGCUCACUGGUUGAGCAAAUUCUUGGUGGAUAUAAAAUGUAUGACACAAAAGCUAUGAAGAGAGGUAAACAGCUAGAAAAACCGGUAGUAAGGGAAAUUGAAAAGAAACUGGGGGUAAAAAUUGAAGAAUGUGGUUUUUACCUUAUAAACUUGUUUUGCGGUGCUUCACCUGAUGGCAUAGCAAAUAAUUUUAUAAUAGAAAUUAAAUGUCCUACUACUGUGGAAACCAGCAAAAACUACAUAGAUAAUAACAAAAUAAAAGAUAAGUUUUUGGCUCAAUGUCAACUGCAAAUGCUGGCAACUGGAAAAAAAAAGUGUGCAUUUUGCAUUGCGGAUCCAGAUUUCGAACAGAACAAAAAUAUUAAAAUAAUUUGGGUUAAGUUUGACGCAACAUAUACUAACAAUUUGUUACAAAAGGCAGAACAGUUUUGGAAAGACACAAUAUACCCAAUAAUCUUAAGAAACGCGCUGUCUUAAAUUUCAUCUAUUAACCAAUGGUUUCAUUGUACUUAGUUUGGAGUGUCAUGUUUGGAAACAUCUAAAUUUAUUGUCGCCUAAUUUGAUCAAAAUUUAUUUCUAGAGACGAUUCUAAACAUUCAGUGAGCCUUCCUGGUCCAUAGCAUCCCUCCCUCUUCGGUUUGUAGGUUUAGGAAUCCGCAAGAUUUCCAGUGUGGCUUCCUCAGCCUUUUUGGCGUCCACUCAUUGCACGCCUGGUCUCAUGCGAAAUAUCUUAAGGGCUUUGCCCACAAACUUUGAGAUUGCGGGCUUUGAGGAUGCUAUAAAUGCUUUUAAAAUUGGUUUCCCGGACAAAACAUUUCCUGAAAACCCGAAAUCACAAAGGAGUUGGGAUAAUAAAAAAAAUUGGUUUUAAAAUUUUCGUAACUGUGAUUUAACUUACGAUACUCUUCUAAACAACUGUACAGUUCCAGAUCUCGCGAGGCUUUUGGCGGUCGUAACCCGGGAAGCUGGUUACUGGCUAUAUGCCCAUUCUUCGCCUAAUACUGGUACUUUCUUGGAUCCGACCUCCUUUAGACUGGCGACUGGUUUGUGACUUGGGGUUUGUGUAACGUAUGUUUGUUUUGUUGUCUAGCAUUAUGAGAGCUCAUCUGUUGUGCUUCUAUGAAUUCAUCUUUAUAUUUAUGAACAAGCAUAGGUACCUACAGACCUGAGCUAUACAUAUAUGUAUAAGUAAGCAACGGUUGGAAUAUUGUGUUGUAUGAAGAAAGGCCGACACGAAUGCACCUCGGUCUAAAUUAAAUAAAAA